CCUGUCGAGUGAUACAGUUUACUCUGUGCAUCUAAGCAUCUGUUUAUAUUUUAUAUUUUUUCAUCAAAAGUUUGAAGCAAGGACUAAUGAGAUGAAUAUUCAGCCGCAUUCAUUUUCACCACUACAGUACAUUCCAGAGUCCCACAUUCAACAAUUGGUAGAUCCAGCGGCUCAUUUCUCCUGGGUAGAGAGCUGUUGCCAUUCCACCAUGUCACAGAACACUCAGUCCAGUGACCUGCUUAACCAGGAUUGGUUCAAGCAGCUCUUUGAAUUAGCACAACCAGUUUUAAAUGUCCAGCCGAUUGACCUGUCUUUCAGCGAUGAACCACAUGAGGGGGUGCCAGGCAACAGAAUUGAAAUCAGCAUGGAUGUGGUACGCAUGCAAGAUAUGGAACCCUUGGACCCAAUGUGGCCUCAGUACACAAACCUGGGGCUCCUUAACAGCAUGGAGCAGCAGAUACAGAAUGGAUCUUCAUCCACCAGUCCCUAUAACAACGAUCACACCCCCAACGUCACGGCACCCUCACCAUAUGCUCAGCCCAGCUCCACUUUUGAAACACUGUCUCCAUCGCCGGCCAUCCCCUCAAACACAGAUUAUCCAGGUCCACAUGGCUUUGAUGUUUCAUUCCAACAGUCCAGCACAGCAAAGUCUGCAACAUGGACGUAUUCUCCAGAACUGAAGAAAUUGUACUGUCAGAUUGCCAAGACAUGUCCCAUUCAGAUCAAAGUGAUGACACAGCCACCACAGGGAGCUGUGAUCCGGGCCAUGCCAGUGUACAAGAAGGCAGAGCAUGUCACUGAAGUGGUGAAACGAUGCCCAAAUCAUGAGCUCAGUCGAGAGUUCAAUGAUGGUCAAGUGGCCCCACCAAGCCACCUAAUCCGAGUGGAGGGAAGCAGCCAUGCCCAGUAUGUUGAGGACCCAAUUACUGGGAGGCAAAGUGUCAUGGUGCCCUAUGAACCACCACAGGUUGGCACUGAGUUCACCACAAUCCUGUAUAACUUCAUGUGUAACAGCAGCUGUGUUGGAGGAAUGAACCGGCGUCCUAUCCUCAUCAUUGUCACCCUAGAAAACAGGGAUGGUCAGGUUCUUGGCCGGCGUUGCUUUGAAGCUCGUAUUUGCGCUUGUCCUGGCCGUGACCGCAAGGCAGAUGAAGACAGCAUACGCAAACAACAAGUGACAGAAGGAACAAAAGGUGUCGACACUAGCAAGCGGCUCCGUCAUGUGAACCAGGGGAUCCAGGUAGCCUCAAUCACUAAUAAGAAACGACGACCCGGCGAUGAGGAGUUGUUUUAUUUGCCAAUAAGAGGACGAGAGACUUACGAAGUAUUGCUGAAAAUUAAAGAGUCACUGGAACUGAUGCAAUUACUGCCACAGCACACGAUUGAAAACUACAGGCAACAACAGCAGCAUCUGCUGCAGAAACAGCCAUCAAUGCAAUCACAGCAGUCCUUUGGGCCCUCUCCCUCUCCAGUGAAUAAAAUGGCCACCAUGGGGAACAAGUUGCCAUCUGUCAGCCAGCUCAUCAGCCCACAGCGCAAUGCACUCACACAAGCCCCCAUGCCCCCAGGAAGUAUGGUUCCUCAGAUGAUGAAUGUUCCAAUGCAGAUGAAUGGAGACAUGAACGGGUUGAGUCCCACGCAGGGAUUGCCUUCACCAAUGGCAUCGACUUCACAUUGCACACCGCCUCCGCCUUACCCGUCUGACAACAGUAUCUCCAGCUUUCUGACGAGAGCCGGCUGUGCGUCGUGUUUGGAGUAUUUCACCACCCAGGGAUUGAUGAACAUUUACCAGAUCGAGCAUUUUACCAUGGAUGAUCUCAUCAGCCUGAAGAUUCCUGAGCAGUAUCGACACGCCAUCUGGAAAGGAAUACUGGACCACAGACAGAGCCUUGAUUUCUCAACCCCUCCCCAACUACUGCGGAACACAAGCAGUGCCUCUACUGCCAGUAUGGGCUCCCAGAAUGAGACACGUGGUGAACGGGUAAUUGAUGCAGUCCGUUUCACCCUGCGCCAGACCAUCUCCUUCCCUCCCCGCGAUGAUUGGAAUGAUUUUGGGUUUGACGUGGAUGGACGCCGCAGCAAGCAGCGGAUCAAGGAGGAAGGGGAGUGAAGUGGUCUGGAACGACAAAUGCAUCAAACCACAAAAGACAAUGUUCCAAAAAUAUCGACUGAUGACAACAAUACGAGGGGACACUGUCAGAACAAAGUAUUUACACUUUGAGUAUUCUUACUCGUAUUCAAAUUGGUUGCACUUAUCCAACUUUAUUUUGUCUUUAUUUUACUUUUUUUGUUGUCUUAAGCCCAACUGCCCAUAUAUGGUAGCUGUAUCAAAGCUUAUAGGGUGCUUGAGGGGCUAUGUGGGAUUUGUAACUGCCAUAUUUAUGCAUCUGUUCCUGUUUAGAGAGGAUCAUUCUAAUCAAUGGUAUUGUUCGUGCAUCAAAACUGCAAUUGCGUAAAGGUGUGCGAGUGCAAAUAGAUACAGACUGAGCAUGUGAGUGAGGAAGGCAGAUUGAAUGGAGUUGUCGGGCCUCCUUCCUCACUCUAUCCUUGGUUAUCUUGCACUUCAAAAAUGACAUUUAAUAUUUCACAGCCUGGGCUGAGGUCAGGAGUGCUGCAAAAGUACUUACAGACACUGGAACAGUGGCUGGCAACCUCUAUGAGGAAGGGGAGCAAUCAGUGCUAUUGUUUGUUUUCUUUUAGUCAUGGUGACAGAGCCGUGUAGUCUGUCACAUGAAUUCAACUCCUGGAAAUGGGUCAAGGAACCUUUUCUGAGAUUCAGUACUGCAAAAGUAGUUUUGUCUCUUAAAACAUUUGCUAGCAAAUGUGGCAUUUUCCUGUUCCUGCUUACCUAUGAUGCGUCAAGGUGGCUGAGUGGUGCGCCUCUCCCAGUAGUGAUUCCAGGAAGCACUUGAUUAUGACUGGGCUUGUGUAAGCUCAGUACUUGCAGGACAAGUAGAACUGCAAAUGUGAUCUCCUGUUGCUGACGUGUUCAGGAUCAUAGAAACCACAUGUCACUGCUGAAUGAAUGCAGCUGUCAGUUAGCUAAAGUUGGGAUGUCAACCCUUUCACGUACAAGCUGUGAUGUAUUAGCUCAUGAACACAGCCUUGACUGACAAUUAUAUUCUGAGGUUCGCUUCGAAUUUAAAGGGGCAAAGGGGAGAAAGAACUGCUUCACGACAAUCACUGAAAGCAAAUUUUAUAGUGUUUCAGAGUUUUAUACUGAGAUCCAUCUCAACUUUGUGCAUUUCAUUUGCAGGAUGUUGCAUGGUGUGAAACUACUGAUCCUGGUGGUGCUGGCCACGUUCUGAGGGAAUGCUGGAUUUGGUUAGUUUUUAUCUCCUCCUCAGGGUGAGGGGGAGACCAUUCAGCAAUGUCAGUUGCAUGGGACAUGGGCUUCAAUCUGGACCUGAAGCCAGUAAACUGUUCUGGAUAGUAGUGCCAUGAUAAAUGGGCUCUGUGAUUCAAUGGCAGCCAGAGCUCCAGAUGGAAGAGCUAUCAGUGACUAUUAGUUUGUAUCAUUGUCACCCAGUUAAAGAAGCAGCAUAGACCAGCCCAGACAGCUGUUGUUUAGUGGAAGGGGAUGGGAAAAAGUAGGAGGAAUUGAGUUUGACCGAGAGCACCACUUGUAUCAUGACUUUAGCACGCUGCAGCAUUCUGUUUCUCUACUUGAAUCUGGUUCUGGGGUAGCCUGUGUGUUACUGUAGGUGUAUCCGUUUCACAUAUGAGUCCUAGAUUUCAACAUUUUGUUUUAUUUUCAUCUCUUGGUAUUUUGCUACAGUGACUGAGGCUGUCCUGCAGGUGAACUCCAAGUAGCUUGGUGCUAAUGGCUGAGGUGAUUCACGUUAUUGAAAUUCCUCACAAACUGUGAAUUAGGGUUUAGUAGCUGCAAUCAGACAUGUAGAGACACUUUUACUUCUUUUUAUCCCUCUCUCUGCUUCCUUCAAUUUUAACUGCACUUCAAAACAAUUCUGAAAUGUCAGGGUAAUCCAUGAAGAGUGGUUUCUAUUCACAAAACAAUAUUUGGUGACUCCUUGCGCAGCUGCAAUCUCUUCUCUUCCUUCUCCUCCCUCCAACUCACCAAGGUCAAAUAAUCCACCAGUGCUCAUUCUCUGGGUUUACUCUUCCAGACUAGUCUGGGCUGCUGGAACUGUUUGAACCCUACACAAGAUUGGAAGGAGAAGAGGAAUUAAUAUUUCACACAGGACAAGCCAAUGUGUGCACCUGCCCCACACUGACUUUCACAACUCCCUUUCUGAUGUGAUCACAGAAACAGAGCACUACUGGAGAUGCCUGUAGGUUUUCCCAUGAAUGGUUAUGUCCAGAGAGAAAAAGAAUAAAAACAGUCUCUACUAAAAUAAUGUUGUGGCUUUGAUUUGUGCAGGUAUUAAAAUGGGAUGUGUCUAAAAUUUUAAAUGGGAGUUUGUCUGUAGUAGGACGACAGAGUCAUAAAAUAGUUGGUCAGUUUUCAUUUCAUGUUGCUGUAUAUACACCAUUGGAGCAUUUUGCCAACCUUUUUUAGAAAUAAAUGUGUAUCAUGUUUAA